AUGAUACUUUUCAGGGAGAAAGCAGAUAUCAAUUGGCGAGCCAAGAAACAGGCACUGAAAGAUAAAAAGACUGAAUGGAAGCCUAAAAAGCGUCUUGCAAGAGAAGAAAUGGAUCAAAUAAGAAUGCUAGCAGAUGACAAUCCGGGAUACUGGACUAAGGAAAUGCUUUCAAGUACAUUUAAGAUCAGUUAUGCAGCUGUAAGUAGAAUUUUAAAAUCACGGUUUGAACCAGAUGCAGAAAUAAAAAGACGUCAGAAUUCUAUUGCUAUGAAAUUAAAAGCUAAUCGACAGAUGAAAUGGCAACAGAAGCAUUCUAUUACUAAUGGUUUCAAUGAUGAUAAAUAUGAAAACUACGAGGAUGAAUAUGCUUUGAUAGCCCCUUGGCAGCAUCAGCUAGUGGAAUUUCAUCACAAGAAAAGAUUUCGUGAUAAUAAAAUAGAUCGAUCAUUGUUUAACAGUAGCCAUCUAACAGGACUUUCCGAUCGCACAAAGAUAAACCCUUAUGUAAAUUUUCGCGAUAAAUUCGCUAAUGGCGUUCGUGAUACUGAAAAUAGUGAUUCUGACAAAUAUUCAAUUAGUAAAAGAAUAUCAAAAGAUGACACCAAAAAAUCCCUUAGUACGAGAGGUAGAACAAAGCAUGAUAUACGAGUAAAUAGCGAUCUUCACUCAAUUAAUUCUAACCAAUAUAGAAAAAGCAUUGCUAAUCCUAAUCAGAUACAAAAUCCUAGUUUAAAGAAUGUUGAUCUGAUGAAAGAAAAAAAUCCUAAAUUUAGCAAAACUAAAGGUAGCGAUAAUAAACACAGCAAUGAAAAAGACAUAGGUAAAACCUCCUCAGCAAAGUUUCAAGCUCGUAGUAAAAAUUUAAAUGUUCAAAGAAAGGAAAGGGGCGGCAAGCAGAAGGAGAAAAGCGUGGAUGGUAAAGGUGAAGUCUCACUCAAUGAAGAGGAAUUGAAACAUCUCUUAGCAUUGUUUCGCCCUACAAAUAAAUCAUAA